GGUAUCGAUCACAUCCUGUUCGGGUUUAACAGCCUGGUGUUCAAAUUGCUCCAGCAAUCGUGUAACGCACUGGAAGCCUAUGUGGAAUUUUUGCGGCAACUACCCGAACACUCAGGACCGGUGCGUGCUCAGGUCCCGCCGGACGGAACGGUGCACGAACUCACCACGAAUGCAUUUAUGUAUUUGGAAAACUUACUGGAGUUUGCUGAUGUCAUGUCUGUUGCGGUACAUGUGAGUGACAUCGGUCCACAAGGGAACUCCAAUGUACUGACCUUCUUGAGUCACAAUGUUUCCAAUUGUGGGCAAUUCAGAUCCCGAGUGGGCGCGUUCCUUUGUGAGCUUUCUUUCUGUUGCAUUGCAUCACAAAUUCGUUUGACUUCAUUGGUAUUGAUAGUUCCGUUUUUGUGUGGUACUGUUUCACGAAACGUCUGCGGGAUCUUAUUCGUGACAAAGUUUGACUGUGCUGUUCUGUUGCUUUAG